AUGAAUACAAACCCGGCAGGUAGUAAGAAGCGCAAGGCAAGUGAAGACAACACCAUGCCCAAUGCACUGGCGCCAAAGAAAGGAAAGGCAACCAUAACUACCUCCCAGAUGCCAGCUCAAACCUUCCUUGCCAAAAACUUCAAGACAUCCAUGCCAGCGGCCUCUCCAAUCUCCCGUUUGACCCAAUCUCAACUACCCAAACCACCAACUGCUAGCUCUAAGCCACCCGCUGCUAGCUCCAGUGCACUACCCCUGCCCUCAGCAGCAUCAAAAUCGAGGUCCAAGAGCAGGAAAGCCGCUGCGCUGAGGGCCGCCUCCACACAAGCCACUAACAAGGGAGCAAGGAAAGUGGCAGCGCAAGCAAGGUCAAAGGAACGCGCGCAGCCUUCCCAGGGUGCAGCGCUUCCGUUGCAGCCAGUCGACGAAGCGCUCUGGGGAAGUGGAUCCAACGCGCCUGAGGCACUAGAGCGGACAAAAUCCGCUGUGACAGCAGAUGGCCAGCUGCCGGCAGUGUUGGUAAAUCCCAAUGGGAACGUGGUUGGGCACUGGGAUUACGUAAACGGGGCAUGGGAUGGGAUGGUUGGGAAGCAAUGGGAAUGUCACGUGAUACAUUUGCCAAACAUAGUACCGUGA